GCAUACCAAUCAAUUACCUUAUGCAUAUGUAUCAGUCGAUAGCGUCUCGGUGCCGUGGACUCUUUGGUCUGUUUGGAGCAGCAGUAAUAUUUGAACAUUAAAGAUCUUCAGAAUGAGCGGUUUGUUUCAACAACUCAGGGACUAUGGUCAAUGGGCCAAUAGUGUGUCUGAUCCCAGGACCAAGGACUGGUUCCUUAUGUCUAGUCCUCGCAUAACCUACUCUCUGGUGGCCCUGUACCUGGUCCUGGUCUACUAUGGGCCUAGAUUCAUGGCCCCAAGGAAAGCCCUGGACCUCAAGCUCCCGAUGCUUGUUUACAACUUUGCCCUGGUGGUCCUGUCUGCAUUCAUGUUCAAGGAGUUCUUUGUGACCACCGUACUUAAUCCCAAGUUCAGUGUAUCUUGCCAAUCCGUGGAUUACUCCGAUGACCCCCUGUCAGUCAGACUUGCUGGUGCUUGCUGGUGGUUUUUCUUCUCCAAGAUCAUUGAACUACUUGAUACGGUCAUUUUCAUUCUGCGUAAGAAGAACAAUCAGAUUUCUUUCCUUCAUGUAUACCAUCAUGCCACCAUGCCAUUCCUAUGGUGGAUCGGAGUGCGAUGGGUCGCCGGAGGAGCAUCAUUUUUCUCGGGGAUGGUGAACUGUUUCAUCCACGUGUUGAUGUAUGGAUACUACUUCCUGUCUGCACUGGGCCCAUGGAUCCAGCCUUACCUCUGGUGGAAGAGAUAUCUGACAUCCCUCCAGCUGCUCCAGUUCUUCACAGUUCUCAUCCACUGCAUGUUCGUAAUGUAUCAGCAAUGCGGCUUUCCUAACGGCUACGUGUGGGCUCUCAUUGCGUAUCUCAUCUCACACAUCCUUCUUUUCUCAAACUUCUACAUUCAGGCUUACGUCGUUAAAGCAAAGAAGGGAAAGAGCAAGAAGAGCAACGGACAUGUUGAGAAUGAUGUCCCGUCGACCCCCGGCGGGAACGGAAGGUACAACCUACGGGAGCGCUCUCCCCGGACCCCGUACACAAAGUAGAAUCGUUUGAAUGGUCGUCAGCUUCAAAAGACGCGCCCCUGGACUCCCUUUCGGCAUGUACAAUCACGUGAUUACUACAUCACCACUUCUCUCCAUAUUUAUUAUUGUUAUUAUUAUUUUGUUUGGCAUCACCUGUGCCUGGGAGGCGAAAAGCGAACCGACUUUGCAAAAUUGGGUUACUUCAAAAUUUGAGAACCUAGGGUUUAUUUCAAGAAGCACCUUUGCAGUGAAUUUCACUGACAAUUUAUUUUGCUCUGAGCCAAUCAGGUGCAAGGAUUUCAAUGGCUUAUAACAUUUUUUCCUGUGAAAAUCACCAACUAUAUGUUUCAUGAAACAUGCCUUAGGGGUGGAAGCUGACUAGAGGGGAGUGUUUCCAUAAAGCACCAUGUUAGUAAUUUUCACUGGCAAAGUUGCUCUGAGCCAAUUAGCUGCAAGGAUUUCGGUAGCUUGUAACAGUUGUCUCUGAAAAUUGUUUCAUGAAAUGCGCCCCUGAUUUAAAAAAAAAAUCUGAACAAAAAGAGCAAAAAAUAAGUAAAAUUAAAAACAUGACAAUCCUUUAUUAACACACCUAAAUAUAAGAUUUUGAGUGCAAAAAACUUUCUGAAGUGUGAUUUAAUCCUUCUUUAAAUUGACAAACAUUUGGAAACGUAGUUGUGCACACUGUCAUUGCAAACAAAUUCAGUGUAACAGAUAUUAAUAAAACAUUGUAGAAAUGAGAAAAUAUUUUAUGGAAUCAUUUUCUCAAGUCUGAUCCCAUUUUCUCUGCAAAUUGGCAAUUAACUUGGAAACGUUGAUGUGCACUGUCUUAAUGCCAGCAAAUCUCAGUGUAACUAACAAAUUAUAAAAAAUUGUUGAGGUGAGAAAAAUAGUCUUUGAAUAAUUUUCACAAGUAUGAUCCCCUUUUCUCUUUAAAUUGGAAAUUGCUUUGGAAACGUUGAUGUGCAUCUCACAAUGCAAGCAUAAAACAAUAUAACAAAGAUAAUAAGACAUUUUAGAGAUGGGAAAUAUUGCCAUUGCAAGGUUUCUUUAUUUUGAAAUGUUUUUUUUCUCUUCAAAAGAAAAAUUCAGUGUAACAAAUACAUGUAACAACGAAACAUGGAAGAAAUGUGAUAGAAUUCCAUAGUUGGAUUACCCCAAUAUUACCCUCCAUUUUAUCUCUUAAAAUUGUCAAUUAUUUGCAAAAUGUAUUUAUUUUGUAUAAAGAUUAAUGAGAGAUGAUAAAGAUGUCAAAAGAAAGACACGUUUCUAUUUUAGACAGUAAAGAGGAUUGGUAGAUGCCCGAUCCAUGAAUUUCCCAUGCAAGAUUUUUUUCACAAAGAAAAAUUGUCUUAUUCCAUGCAAACAACCUGUAUCACAAAGAAAAUCUUUUGAUCAUUUUUAUUUAUGCAAAGAAAUUAUAUGUAAAAUGUCUACCUCUUUCAAACAUAUUUUUAUAAAGAUUGAUAAUAUUGUAAUAUGCAGGUUUGUUUCUCAAAAAAUGUAGGAUUUUUGCAUGUGCAUUCAUAAUGCAUAAAUCCUAAUUUUUUAAAGAAAAUUUCCAUAAUUCCCCAAUAAUUGUAAUGAAUAAUAAGUCAUUGAUAAUUGCAAAUAUUUUGUAUGAAUACAAUCAAUGUUAUAUCAAACUUUUGAAUUUAUUAUCACUAGAAUGAAAAACUAUUUUUUCAGAAAUAAUUAAGAAGUACAUGUAUACCAUGUUAAUGAUCAAUUUAGAUUAACACACCGUGACAGGUAUCCAAAUUUUUAUACACUGAUAUUUUUAAUGAAAUUGACGAAAUACAUUCUCUUUCUAUUUUUAUACAUUGUGUGAAUGUAUAAUAUUGAGGAUUUUUAUUUAGCUGAUGUAAAAUUCCUCCAUGUAAGGGGAUAGUUGUAGAUAUACAUCAAUAUAUUCAAAUUAGAAAACCAAGUCCAUCUCAACAACAGGAAGACUGGAAUUUAAAAGAAUGAAUAAGUGUAGUAGUUUUCGCACUUGCCUUGUUUUUAGUCAGAGGGUCGUGGGUACAUAUCCCACCAUGGCCUCGGGCCCUUUGGCAAGGCAUCAACCCACACUUUGCCACUCUCUACCUAGGAUGUGAAAGUCCUUGCAGCUUGUCCAGUGUUGUGUCUGCCUCAGUAGCGGCUGGCUGGAAUACUCCCCAGGGAGUGGAGAAUGUGCAUACCUUGUGUGCUGGAAUAACUGGGUUAAUGAUACAUCUGUAAGCGCUUAGAUACAUGUAGUAUUUGUCUUAUGUGCUUUAUAUAUAUAAAGCCAAAUUAUUAUUAUAUAUAUCUUAUUAUCUAUCAAAAAAUGCCCGUAAAAUCGGAUGUUAAAUAUGAUCGAUAAAUAUAACAGCCUUUAAGUUUUACUUUUUUUCAUGAAACAGUGAUUGUGGGUGGUCUUUAAAAAAGGAGAGCCAGUGAAUUCAUGUAGUAUAUGAAUGUAGGAACAACCCAUAUCAAUGAGAGUUAAUUUCACGUACAUCGAGUUAAAGGUAUAGUGCGAAAUUGGUUAAUCUCAGGCAAGGGCAAUGAAUCAAUUUUUAAUUAUAUUAAUUGAAUAUCAACAUCAAUGCUCUUAUCACUCAAAAGAAAUUUGUAUAACCUUCCAAGAGCAACAAUAUCCCAUGUUUAACUCAAAUUGGCCAAGAGAAGGACUUUGCACUGUUCUUUUUACUCAUAUAUUUUCAAUUUCAAAUCAACCUGUUGUUGGGAUGGGCUUGGUGUUCAAUACAAGUUCACUGUUGUUGAUAUGCUGGUAUCUUUUAUUCCUUGUUUGAUUAAUUUUUAUUGUGUGAUUCUAAUUUUAUGAUUGACGUGAUCUUUCUACUGUUUGUUGUAGGUAGUGAACCCUUUGCUAGCCGGGUCCAGGUUACACAAAAUUGUUCUUUCAUUAGUGUUUGAUUCUUACUAUAAAGUUGAAUGUGCCAAUGUCGAGACUUCCCCAACUCUGCCCCAUCGCCGUGCCAAUCAAAAUGUAAACAAGUCUGGAUGCUCCGAGGAUUUUUUGGUCUCUUUUAAUUCUCUGAAAAAUCUGUUUCUGUUGUGGUAAUUCCCGUAGGAACUGGGUAGGACAGCUUUUGCUGGUAUAAUGCCGAUCAGUUGUAUAACCAAUUAUUUGGAGUCCACAUUUCAUAAGUCAGAAUUCUUGAUUUGCUUGUCUAUUUACUUAGAAUAAUUACUAUGUGACUCUUAUCAUGUUUUACCCCCUUUAUCAAUCUCUUAAUUGUGCCAAUCUUUGAAUUUAAAAAAGAUGCCUAACCUAGUGUGAGUAGUGUCAAAUUCAUUCAAAGCAAUAUAUGUUGGACAAAGUAAUGGGUAGCAAGUUCAUGAUUAAUCAUUCAUUUACAUCCCAGUUGAUUUUCAACUUUUAUUGUUGUGGUUGAAUUACUUUUAUUCAUAAUAUAAAUGAUGAUAAUAGUGUCUGGAUUUACCCCUGCUUUAGCCUGAGCUGCCAUUCCGGCACUCGGUACUUUAAAAUAUGAACAUUAUGCUUUAUACUAUUUCUUUAUUUCCUUUCGUUGUAAAGAAUAAUUCUUUCUUACAUUAUAGCUGACAUGAUAUAUUACUGUCAUUAUUUAUUUUAAUCUUAGCUUAUUUUUAUCUGUAUAUUUGUGGUGUUAAUGAUAUGUAGUAGUGCAUCUGUGUGUAGAAUGUAUUAUGUAUUAUCUGAAAUUAUAGAAAGUUUCAAUUUUUUCCUUGAGUGCCAACUUUGCUAACCAGGGCCCCGUCUUACAAAGAGUCGCGAUUGAUCCGAUCAACCUCAUCUAUAUGGAACUGAAAUCCAUCAGUGUCAUAAUUAAUUUCAAACGGAAUUUGCGCAAAGUCCUUUGUAAACAAAGAGAAGCACACUGAAUUUUCAAGGAAACAAUGAAUGCAUGAAUAUGCAUCAUUAUAGAAUAUAUUUUGAUCAAACAUUCCUUCAUUCAUUUCAGAUGUUUACGUUGUUAGUUUUCUUAAUUUUGGUUGAUCAAUCGCUACUCUUUUUAGACCGGGCCCAGUUCUACAUUCCAAUCUUUGAAUUUGAUAACAAUAUUUUACCUUUGUGUGUUCAAUUAAUCAAUUUUAAAUUAUAUUUUUAACUCUCUUAAUCAACUAAAUUUGCCCUCUAUUAAUACAUACAUGUAAGUCAGAAUGUAAUCAAACAAAAAUAUAUACAGUACAUUAUAUAUUUAACAAUAUUUUGAGUAAAGUAUUUUAAGGAGACUAUCUAUUUUUGAGCUACAAAGAGAUCCCCAUUUUUGUCUCCUCACCGGAACUCUACAUGCAAAUUUUAAAAGUUACUUUGCUUGGAGUUUCCAUAGCAAUCUAAAUGUAUCAAACUAUCUGAUUUACAUGAAAA